AUGGGUGGUCUCAUGAUGGCUGGUGCUCUGGCAAAUGGACAAUGCUCGUUUGCAUCAAACACUACAUGGGUGAGUUUGAGUGCACCGAUGGGUGGUAGCAUGGGCUCCGACUACGUCCAGAACGCUUGUAGCGGCAAAAACGUAUUCAUUCAGGCUGUAGCGAACCUAAUCGGACGAUGCCCUGUCAACAAUUCCACCCUGGGGCUUGCUUACCAGGACGAAAUGUUCAGCACGUCAGCUCUAAAUGCGGCAUUUGCUGCCGCCCAAGGCGCAUUCCGUUCGAAUGUCCAUGCUGCAAUGUGCAGCGACAACUUCUCGGGCCUUUUUUCAUUUGAUCAGAUGAAGUACUUCAUGGGGGGCACCUUCGUCAACCACAAAUCAAAGCAAAAUGAUGGUAUCGUUGACUUUUCUCCAUGGAGACUCGCUGUUUAG